UUGUCCAAUAGCUGUCUCUGUAACUACUUUGACACAACGACAUAUGAAUUGUAAAAUAGCUGACAUCUUGGUUGAAAGGUUUUGUUUUAAUAGUUGAACGUAAGAUAUGACAGGACUUGUUUGGUAAGAGAGAUCAUAACUAUUCAUGCAAUGUCUCCCAGACUUAUUAGUGACGGUACGUUAAUGGCUGCCUCCAAAUUCUAUUGAGAGCCGUGUUUCCUCCCGAGCGCUGGCUGGUAGAACUUGUAAGGAUACACUAUUAUAAACUGAGCUACCUAUGUAACGGGGAAAAAAAAAAACAUGGACGGAUGGAGCUCUGUCGUUGUUUCGGAAAAUGACCGAGCCAUCUCCGACGGGGAAUGCAUGCUUGGAUACGGAGCCGGAGGUGAGACCCGGGAAGCGGCGGGCGCGGAGCCGCGGAGCUCCGCAGAAAGGAUGGAGGACUUGGGCGCAGAAGCGGCAGCAGCAUCUGUGGGGUUCGGUAUCAGUGGGAUAGGGGAAGGCAAAAUGGUGUUGGGUCGAGUCGGAUCUAGAGACGACAAAGAGCUCAGGUACCUGCACCUUUUGUGGGAGCCGGGGCGAGGUGAGUUCGACACGGUCGCCGAAUCGAGCAGGCUGGGGAAGAUAGCGGGGAGCAGGGCCAGGAGACACCAGCGAGCCGUGCGGAACCUGGGUCCCAUUGGGAAAGACAUUUACGCUGCUAAAAGACUGAGGGAAGCUGCCAACAGCAAUGACAUAGACACAGUGCGAAAGCUCCUGCAGGAUGACAUCGACCCGUGUGCUGCAGACGACAAGGGCCGGACGGCGCUUCACUUCUCAUCCUGCAAUGGCAACGACAGCAUCGUGCAGCUGUUGUUGAGUUAUGGUGCCGACCCCAACCAGAGAGACAGCCUGGGAAAUACCCCUCUGCACCUGGCGGCCUGUACCAACCACGUGCCUGUAAUCACCACCCUGCUGAGAUCAGGAGCUCGCGUGGACGCCCUCGACCGCGCAGGCCGGACCCCGCUGCACCUGGCGCGCUCCAAGCUCAACAUUCUGCAGGAAGGAGAAUCGCGCAGCUUGGAGACCCUCCGAGGGGAAGUCACCCAGAUUAUCCAGAUGCUCAGAGAGUACCUGAACCUAAUGGGCCAAAGUGAGGCGAAGGAAAGACUGGAGCACAUUUCAACACAGCUGCAGCACACACGCACCAGAGAGCAGGUGGACGAAGUGACUGAUUUACUGGCCAGUUUUACAUCGCUUAGUCUACAGAAGCAGAACCUGGAUGCUAGGUAGAAGAUGAACUGCACACAGAGCCGACAUGCAGCUCCUUUUUAAAUAUGCAGAGCCUCAAAUUGUCUGUAUUCGGCUACGAGGCCACAGAUCCAAACGUCGCACUGGGAUUGGCUGUCAGUAUUUAUUGAAGGGACUGCUGCGGACAUCAGCUUUUUAUUUUAACCAGGACAAAAACAAAAGCUUUAACAACAAUGUAUCUUAUGAAGUUUUCUAAAUGGGUUUUGUCAAGUUGCUCACUUGAUAUAAAACCACUGAUAUUAUGGGUAAAAUACUCUGACCUUUAAAUUCUAGAAAAAAAAAGUAUUGAUAAGUAUCAGAGAUAAACGCAUCAGAUUUUUUCAAAGCUCUGGCCUACCUUAACAAUAUCUGUUACUAUCCAGUACUAUAUUUAUUACAAGGUCUGAAUAAAUUAAAAAUAUAUCUGUCCGUAUAAAAUGUUUAUUCUAAAGUUAAAAAAAAAACUCUGAAUACAGCCGAAUUCUUCUGCAUAUGUGAUAACUCACUUUUUUUUAAGCACACUUCAAAAUGUAUGUCAAAGUUUGCCAUGAAAGAUAUUAUUUUGUCCGGCAAGGAAUCUGCAUUCAGUAUAAAUAUCAACUGUUUCCAACGUAAUGUUUGAAUGAGGGAAAAAAAACAAUCUUUAAUUAAAUGCCAGAUGUCAAAUUAUUAAAUUAUUCAUACAUUUCCUGUAACUAGUACAGGAAUCUCAAGAAGUCACUCAUUACGCAGUUCUGUUAGAACCAGAACCAACAUCGCAUCGGGUCUAUGUGUGCAAGAGACGGAGAGAGCAGUGGUGUCACUCAGCUCCGCAGUUAAACAGUUGUUUAAAAAAAGACGAUGUUUUAAGCCGUUUUCAUGUCCUUCACCAGUAGUUAGUGCUGUUAGUAUUACUAACAUGAUCAAUCUCAGUGUGUAUUUCUUGCGGAUGAUGCUUGCUGUAAGAUUUUCUGAAGACGACUAACAUUUCUAAAUGUCUGCGCUAGGCUCUUCAAAAGAGUAACUCCCAAUCUUCUUUCAAUAACAGCUGCUACACUGAAGAGAGUCGAUAGCUUGACCUUUUGGCGUGGUCGGCUAAUUGAUUGGAAAAUAGGUUGGAUUUUAAGUUUGGUCGUAAUGCUUGGCUGGACACGUCUCCUUAGUUCUGGUCACCAGGUUUUGGUGCAUCUCUGAUAAAAUGUCGUUCAACUUUUAAACAACGGGAGGGAAAAACUCUAAAGUCUGGUGGAACUAUGACUUUACUGUGUGGACUGAUUUACAUGUUUUCUUUUUGCCUUCUACUCAUUAAAUAUACUGUGAUUAUUACAGAAUACAGUGGGUUGACAGUUUAACUGGUGUAUCUUAUUUUUGUGUCAAAGUGUCUUUGUUUUAUUGCCUUAUUUCUUUUUUUUUAAACUGAGCAUAAUGAUUCUGUGAACUGUGUUGUAAAGAAUAUUUGAAAUUCAUUAUGUACCAAUAAAUCAGUACGUUGACUUUGA